GUGAGAGCAUUACGAGAAAUCGUGGACAUUAUCCUGCAAUUUUUUGGCAUUAUCUAUACGCAUGGGUGAAAUUGGGUAAUCCAGGAGCACAGGUUGGUGGAGGAGCGGGUCUGUUUGGCGGUUUAGCUGUAGCCUUUUGCUUCGCAUUAUCGCCCGUCGCGGCGAUUGCUGCUGGUGUUGCGGGUCUAAUCGCCGGAAACCUCUUUGGAGGCGGAGUCUAUCAGUGGUAUCAACAGCAGCACGAGAUAGAUCGUCAAAAUCAGAGAGUUCGUGAGUACCAAGAAUUUAUGCGGCAACAAUUUGGGCAAGCUGUGCCCCGUGCCCCAUUGUACCACGUGCCAGCCAAUGCUAUGGGUGAGCUCGUGUUGGAUGUGCG